UUUUGCUGCAAUUCACACAAUCAGCUGGAGUCAAGACUUGAGGUGAUUCUUGGUGCUGUGGAUUUCUACACGGACCUCAAAGAAGAGAACUGAAGACCAAGAAUAAAAAGGUGUCUCGGAUAAGAAGAAUCCGAAUUUUGCGGCUCAAGCGCCGUUGCCUCCUAAGCUCAAGUUACGAUGAUGUCAUAUCUCAAACAGUCCCCGUAUGCCAUGAACGGACUGGGGCUCAGCGGGGCCACCAUGGACCUCCUCCAUCCCUCUGUAGGAUACCCCACACAUCCCCGUAAACAGAGAAGAGAGAGGACUACUUUCACUCGCACUCAGUUGGACAUAUUGGAGAAUCUAUUCGCCAAGACGCGCUACCCGGACAUUUUCAUGCGCGAGGAAGUGGCCCUGAAAAUCAAUUUGCCCGAGUCAAGAGUGCAGGUGUGGUUUAAGAACAGAAGGGCAAAGUGUCGGCAACAACAGCAGAGCAGCAGCAGUUCAAAGAUCCGUCCAGCGAAAAAGAAAUCCUCUCCGUCCCGUGAAAGCCCGGGGUCAGAAAGCAGUGGUCACUUCACUCCUCCAGCUGUCUCCAGUAACAACUCAACUUCCUCAUCCUCCUCUUCCUCCUCAGGCACUAACCCCUCUGGUCUUAGUGGAGUGAGUCUGAUCAGCAGCUCUUCCACAGGAACAACACCUGUCUCCUCCAUCUGGAGUCCCGCUCCAGUCUCGCCCCUACCUGCUCCAUCCUCCCUCCCUGACAUUUCUCCCCCAGCUAGUGCGUCCUGCAUGCAGAGGGCCAUUUCAGGCAGUGGAGGUACCACAGGAGUGCCGUCAUAUCCUAUGCCCUACAACCAGGCUCCCAGCUAUGCCCAGGGCUACCCGACCUCAAACACUGCCUCUUAUUUUGGAGGCAUGGACUGCAGCUCCUACUUGGCACCCAUGCCUGGCCAUGCCCACCAUCACCACCCGCACGGCAAUCACACACAGCUGAGCACCAUGGCGGGCACCACUGCAGUGUCAUGUCACCACCCGCAUCACCCUCACAACAUCGGGCAAAGCAGUGGGCACCCACACCCACACCACCCUCACCAGGGCUACGGCGGCACAGGGCUGCCUUUCAGCUCCACAGACUGUCUGGAUUAUAAAGAUUACAAAGAGCAAGCUGCUGUGGCAUCGUCAUGGAAACUGAACUUCAGCUCUGCGGCGGCAGACUGCUUGGACUACAAAGACCAGGCAGCCUGGCGUUUUCAGGUCUUGUAAGGACCAUUUUAAAGACUGUUAAUGUUGUUUCCUUAAGUUUGCUUGUUUGUUUACCUUCGGAGAAGUUCCUCCCACAACAUUACAGACUUUGUUGGACACCACAGGGUGCUAGAGGAUGACAUUGGGAGGUGACUUUCUGUGCCAACCUUUUCCACCUUUCAGGGGAAUGACUCAGAAGAGCUAUAGGGACCAGUGUUUGGCCCUUACCAAAGUUUCUCUCAAAAGAUACUGAUAUUCCUCAAGAAACAUUAAAUGUGUUCCCACAAAAUUAGGGUGGGUUGUUCAUCGCCUUAAUUGGACAAAAAUGUUUAGUAUAAAUUUCUUAAGAAACCAUGCACUCCC